CGACAAUGCCGCCAAGGUUAAAAAAAUCCUUUACCUAAUAUUUUUCGACAAAUGCAUAAUUCGCUACCUUAAUUUUUUUCGAUAAUUCCCACCAUAGUCGGCGGCAUGAAAAUUUUAGGACUAUGGUAAUAUUUUAUCUGACAUCUUAUAUGAGGCAAUAUUUUCAAGAUUUGUUUUACCACUAUUCCCCGUCAUUUUAUCUAAAAACAAAAGAUCAAGCAAUUUUGCAAGGUUUGGUAUUCUUUUGUUAGAUAUGGGUUCAAAAUUUUUCGGGAUUAAAACAAUUUAAAAAAAACGACUCUUGACUUGAAAAACUUUAAAACUGGGCUGGUUAAAACAAGUUUAAAUAGAAUUUAUACUAACGUCUAGAUUUUCAAAGAAGAAGCUCAAUAGUGUUCCAUUGGUUGGAAGGAUAUAUUCACAACAAAAACUUCGUCGAAAAACCUCUCGGACAACUAUUCAGAAUUUCGUGGUGACAAAAUUUUGUCGUGAAUUUUUAACACAAAGAUAGCAACAUAUUAGACAAAAUCUUAAACAAAUUUAAGCGUUCCAAGAGGCUCUACUCUAUAUCUAAAUGGUAUGACAGUUUAUGUAAAAGUGUGAAUAUAAGUAUAAGGUUCGGAAAACAUGAGACAAUCUUCAACAGGAAAUGUUGGUCUGGAAAGUUUGCUUCUGUUGAGUUCAAAAUUUGGGUUGAAAAAUACUAAUACUUUAAACGAAUGAAAUAAAUAGUACAGUUGAGUAUUUCGUCGUGACCAAUUUUCGUCUCAUUUUGAAUUUCGUCGAAUAAAAUUUCGUCAAAGUAUUGGUCCGAAAUUUUGUCACGACGAAGUUUUUUGUCCUUAUCCCUCUCUACUAUGAAAUAUUCUUUUAAUUUUGAUUCACUUCGACAGGGAAAAUAAUUCAGUAUAUAUAAGUAACUGCUUUGCAAUGUGCCCCGCUUUCUUCCUAGCAGUUUCAUUCCAAUCAACAGCUGAUAUUCUCUCUUUUUGUAAUGGUUUUGUGAGUUUGUUGCUGAAACCCUUUCACGAUAGUUAUAGCCUUUUCACGACAUAACGCAAGAAAAACUCAUGUUUCACGCUUCAUGUAGGGAUCUAUAUUCACGAAAUUACGAUAAAAAAUUGAGAUUCCACAAUUUCAUGCACAAAAAUAUAGCCAAUAACGCAUCACGCAAAAAUAUGGGGGGGGGGGGCUUUUGUCAUCUGUUUAUUUCAUCCCUUUCGAAGAAACAUAAUACGAGCUGGUUUCAUUAUGUUAUACAACUAGUUUUGUCUGUCGUGCAUCGUGUUUGUGGUUCGUUAUUGUUAAUGAGAAUGUCUUUCGAUGUUUGCGUCAGUAAUUUUGUUUGUCAUCGUGCCAUCUCUAUUUUAGUUGUUAUUAGUUCAUUUGCCGUUAAUUUGUGUCAUUAGGGUUUUAUGUGCGUCACUCGUGUUGUUAAAAGCGUAUGUUCUUUGAGUGCAAGUCCAGUCGAGUCGAAGUUUUCGUUGAAUAAAGUCGUCAUUUUGUAGUUGUUGGUUGCUGCUGAUUAUACGAUCGCUAUUGAAGAAUCUUGGUUUUUUUUAAAAACGUUAUUGCGAACUGGAGUCUGAUUUAUGAGCUUUACCUGUCCUGUAAAAUACUUUAUUUUACAAUUAUGCUUUAGCAUUCACCCCGGACGCUCUAAACGUAAUCUGUCUUCGGGGUAUGUCUGUGUGCUGUGCCCUCCACAUAAAAGCCUUUAAAAGUUUCCUGACUGACACUCCCCUCCCCCAAAAUGAUUUAAUUUGCACCCCUACUAACAGUACAAAUGUUUUGCCUGGAUAAUAUAACACAAAGACCAGUGCAAUCUCACUUCAGGGCACGCACCCUGAGACAAUUUUGAAUUUUAAGGCUUUUUCUUUGUCUCGGCUAGCCUCCUAGAGACCUAAUAACCAGAUAUGUCGGUCGUAUAAUUGAUUCUGUAUCAAACUUUUUGGAGGCUUUGGCACCCCUAUUGAAAGUCAGCUGGGGACAUGGCCCCAUGCCAACUGCACCCCCCUGCCAGGCCGCCACUGAUCAGUGGUGUGACACCGACCCCUGUACAUAUUCAUUGUCGCCUCGAGAUGAAAAGGAGGUUUGGACACUAUUAAUUUUCAAAGAGACGAGGACAGGACAACAUAGGUAAGGGGUACAAAGAGGGGGCGUAUGGUAUAUUCGUUGACGACAAAUACAUGCCAUGAGCAAGCGAGCAGUUGAAUCAUGCAGAAAUGGGAGUUUGAUCCAGUUUAUAAACUGCAGAAUUCUUUACAGAGGUGCUAUUGUCCUUGAUGAUUUAUGGGUGCGGGACGGUAAAAUAUGCAACCCAGAGCAAAUUUUUUUCGAUGAAAAAGUUCAAGCUGACUUGAAAAUUGAUUGCAAAAACCUGAUUAUAUCGCCAGGAUUUAUUGACGUCCAAAUCAAUGGUGGGUUUGGACAUGAUUUUUCAUCCAAUGUUGAAAAGUUAGAUGGUGCAUUAAAAUAUGUUGCAAAGGGAAUUUUGGCACAUGGAGUAACAUCAUUUUGUCCAACUAUUGUCACAUCACCAAGUGAAGUCUAUAAAAAGGCACUUCCAAAGAUUUCUGCAAAACAAGGUGGAUCUCAUGGUGCAGAAAUUAUUGGUGCCCACAUCGAAGGGCCAUUUAUCAAUGCAGAGAAAAAGGGUGCCCAUAAUCCUGAAUACAUUACAGUUCCAACAAAGGAUGCAGUAAGAGGUGUUACAGAAAUUUAUGGGUCUCUUGAUAAUGCUGCAAUGGUAACUAUAGCACCAGAAAUCGAUGGAGCACUUGAGGCAAUACCACAUUUUGUCAGGAACAAUGUCAUCGUUUCGAUUGGUCAUAGUAAUGCUAAUCUUCUAGAAGGCGAAGAAGCUGUUCGCCGAGGAGCGACAUUCAUCACUCAUUUGUUCAAUGCUAUGGCUCCAUUCCACCAUCGAGAUCCUGGCCUAAUUGGGGUUCUUACUAGUAAUGUGAUUCCAAAAUAUGCUUUCUAUGGGAUUAUAGCUGAUGGCAUACACACGCACCCCACAGCUCUACGUAUAGCUUACAGGGCUCAUCCAAAAGGCCUUGUUCUUGUCACGGAUGCCAUUGCAGCAAUGGGUCUUCCACCUGGAGAACAUCUACUAGGUACAAUGAAAGUAAAUAUCGAAAAGAACAGAGCAACUCUUGUUGGCACAAAUACACUAGCGGGGAGCAUUGUGACCAUGAAGGAGUGCCUAAGACAUUUCAGAAAGGCCGCAGGUUGUUCUACUGUGGAGGCGCUGGAAGCAGCAACUUUACAUCCGGCACAGCUUCUCGGAAUCGAAAAUAAAAAAGGGACGUUAGAAUUUUAUUCAGAUGCUGAUUUUGUUAUAAUUGACGAUGAGUUUAACAUUCAUGCUACUUUUAUAAGCGGACAACCAGUGUAUAUAUAUGAAAAUGGCUACAUGAAUCAUGUAGCUGAUAUUUGUAUAUAGCUUUCUGUCUUUUUUGUAGAGUUAUGCACUUGUCUAUAAAGAGUUUUUGUAAUAGAUUUUGAUUAAUUUUUUUCCAACAGUAUUGUUAAAUGAUUAUCAAAUUGCAGAAUAUAUAUCCUUUAAUUCAAAAGCAAUUUUGGCAAACGUGUUUGGGUUUCUGACUUUUUGACUUCAAGAUCAUGAUUUUGCUUUUGAGUCACGUGACUUCCCACCCAAGCAGCUGCUUCUGUUAGCCAUCGCAAACAAGUGAAUGGAAAGCUAGAAAAUUCUCAAAGAUCUUAAUUUAAAAGGCUAUUUUGAUUGUUUUAUCAGUUCAUUGUUAUUUACUUUUCUUCCGUAAGUUUAUCUUUUGAUUGGAAAAUUGAAGGCGUUUUCAAACUUUGUUGCAUUAUAAGCUGUCUUUCUGGUUCAAUGUAGACACAACAUUUUAGUUGUAAGUCAAAACAAAAAAUUUUUACUUUGAUUAAAUAUUGUUGUCUAUGAUGAUUCCACAUACAGUUAUGCGUAUGUCGUUGGAUUAAUUCCGAAUUGUUGUAUAAGAUUGACGCAUACUCUGGCAUGACCAAACUUCCGCCAGAGUGAGGAGAGUCGAAAGCUCUCCGUAAUUCCAGGCAUAUGAAUCACGAGGUGUGGUCACAUCGAGAGGAAGGACCAGGACACUGCUCGAUAAGCAUAAGCUUUCCAGCGUCCUAAGAACUACCUUCGGAUGCUAGGUAGAAACAAAUACAAUACAAUGCAAUCAAGUACUUUGCUGCAUUGCCACAACUUUUCCUUCACUUGUUCCUCUGUUCAUCACUUUCUCAUGUGAUAAUGCAUUUCCAACUUUGUCGCUUUUUCUACGUAGAAUUAUUUCCUUUUUCACUUAGAAAGAAGAAAGUAUCAUAACUUCCACUACAAAAAUUAAAUAUCUUUCUAUUUAGCUAAUCGUUUUAACGUUCUUUUGAAAAACUCGUCAGUCUUUUGCUACAAAUACCACCGCGAAACAACCGUUUCCCCAUUUUCUUCAUAAGUGACAUUAUUGUUUUUAAAUUUCUGGGCACGGUUGGCUGUCUAGCCAUUUGGUUUGCUGUUCAGUCGUUAUCUUAUCGUUGCUUUAAGGUGGAGAUCAUAAGGGCAUCGUCCUUGGUAGACGAUAGUUUAAACCAUAAGAAAAACAAUACGAGGCUUCACAGAAGCUUGACUGGAACGUAGAAAAGAUCAAUCACACGAUCUUCCUUUUUUUCAGCCUCUAUUGCACCGGACUUUAAAAUCAAUAUAAGUAAAAAACACAUUUUUCAAGUGAAAUACGUCGAAUUCUUGAGACUUCUGGUGGUUGAACAUCUUACCUUGAAGCAUCGCAUAACCAAACUUUCGAAAAAUUGGAAUGGACUUGUCGGGACGCAUUUCCAGACCAGGAGCCUUCUUCCAAAAG